GACGGUCUGUGACAAGAAGCAAAUAUUAACGCGAAAAAUAAACAUUUAUCCAAAAUUAAGCAGCAAACCAAGGAGAACGGAAAAAAUACUUAGAGAGGCAAAAGUCCGAAUCCAGUUUGGCAUUUAUACUUCCCGGCGGCAAAAAAUCCAAAAGGGUUUGCUUCUUCGUGCUCUGCUUCAGUUUCAAUUGUGGAUUUUUGGGUUUGUGAAUUUGGGAGUGAUGAGUGGUGUUCCAAAGAGAUCUCACGAAGAGGGUGUUACUCAUCCAUCUUCUUCUUCUUCAGCAGCAAAAUACCCUCACGAGGAUUCUGGAUCUUACCCUAAAUCGCCGCAUCAGCCUGUUACGCCACCACCGGCUCAGGUUCAUCAUCACCAUCAACAACAACCCCAUCAGCAUCCCCAAUCUCAAUCUCAACCUCAACCUCAACCUCAACCCCAACCUCACCUCCACACGCUUCCUCAUCCCCAUUCUCAUUCUCACUCUCAUUCACCACUUGCUGCUGCUGCUGCUGCUUCUUCUGCUCCUUAUGAGGUUGAAUCUAGAACGGUGGUUAAGGUUGCCAGAAGUGAGCCUAGAGAUGGAGAGAGACGCUCUCCUCUGCCUCUUGUCUAUCGGUCUCCGUCCCUGCCCACUACUGUUUCUUCUAAUGAUCCUCAUUUGACUCACGCCCCUGUGCCCAUGGAACCGAGAGAUGGUACUAAGGAUGGUAGGGAAAUUAGGGUUGAGAACAGAGAAAAUAGGGGUGAUGGAAGAGAGAUUUAUGGUGAGACAAAGAGAGAGAUUCAGGGUCCUAAGAGUGACAGAGAUGUGAAGUUUGAUAGAUCAGUAGACGACUUUAGCGGAAAAGGUAAUACUGGAAGCUAUACUAGGAAUGAUGGGAGAGAGAUGUAUGGCGAGACUAAGAGGGAGAUUCAGGGUCCUAAGAGUGACAGGGAUGCCAAGUUUGAGCGUCCAGGGGAUGAUUUUAGCGGAAAAAGUAAUACCGGUAGCUAUACUAGGGAUACCAAAUUUGAUAGGGAGAAUCAGAAUUAUAAUGAACAAAAGGCGGAGAUUAAGAUGGAAAAGGACGGGCAUGCUCACUUGGCUUGGAAAGAGCAGAAGGAUUACCAUAGAGGCAAGAGAGUUGCUGAAGGUUCGACUGCAAAUGUGGAUCCGUGGGUUGUAUCCCGCGGUAAUCCGCAAGGCCCAACUGAGGUUGGGCCUAAAGAUCUCUCCGCGCCAGUGGAGGGGCCCCAGUUAGAAGGACGUGAAACCGUCGGAGAAAACAAGGUUGAUGCAAAAAACGAAGAUAGAUUUAAGGACAAAGAUAAGAAAAGAAAAGAGUUAAAGCAUCGAGAAUGGGGGGACCGAGAUAAGGAUAGAAAUGACCGUCGAGGAUCCGUGCUUAUUGGUAGUGUCAUGAGUGAACCCAAAGAGAUUGGAAGAGAAGAAAGAGAAUCCGAUAGGUGGGAACGGGAGAGGAUGGAGCAGAAAGAUCGAGAAAGGAAUAAAGAGAAAGAUAAAGAUCAUAUCAAAAGAGAGCCAAGGACUGGUGCUGAGAAAGAGAUCUCACAGAAUGAGAAAGAGUUGGGAGAAGCAUCUGCCAAACCAUCAGAGCAGGAAUAUGUGGCACCAGAGCAGAAGAAGCAGAACGAACCGGAUAAUUGGGAAAAAGAAGAAAGAGAAUCAAAGGAAAAAAGGAGAGAGAGGGAUGGUGAUUCAGAGGCAGAAAGAGCUGAAAAGCGCAGCAGAAUCAGUGAAAAAGAAUCUGAAGAUGGGUGUUUGGAGGGUGAAGGAGGUACUGAGAGGGAAAAGGAUGCCUUCAAUUAUGGAGUUCAGCAGCGGAAGAGAGCGCUGAGACCGAGAGGCAGCCCACAAACCACAAACCGCGACCAUGUCCUCUCACGGAGUCAGGACAACGAUGGAGUACAAGGCAAGUCAGAGGUGUCGAUUGUUGUUUACAAAGUUGGCGAAUGUAUGCAAGAACUGAUUAAAUUGUGGAAAGAAUAUGAUUUGUCUCAUCCUGAUAAAAGCGGUGAUUUUGCAAAUAAUGGCCCCACUCUUGAAGUUAGGAUUCCAGCUGAGCAUGUUACUGCUACAAAUCGCCAAGUAAGAGGUGGCCAGCUAUGGGGAACAGAUAUAUACACAGACGAUUCCGAUCUUGUUGCUGUUCUCAUGCAUACAGGUUACUGUCGUCCCACAGCUUCUCCUCCUCCACCGACAAUGCAAGAGCUGCGCACUACUAUUAGAGUCUUGCCGUCACAAGAUUACUACACCUCCAAGCUAAGGAACAAUGUCCGUUCUCGAGCAUGGGGAGCUGGAAUCGGAUGCAGUUACAGAGUUGAGCGGUGCUAUAUACUGAAGAAAGGAGGUGGGACUAUUGAACUGGAACCUUCUCUUACACACUCCUCAACUGUGGAGCCAACACUUGCACCAAUGGCUGUUGAAAGAUCUAUGACCACCAGGGCUGCAGCUUCGAAUGCUCUGCGGCAGCAACGGUUUGUACGAGAAGUCACAAUACAAUACAAUCUCUGCAAUGAACCUUGGAUCAAAUAUAGCAUAAGCAUUGUUGCUGAUAAAGGUCUCAAGAAGCCUCUUUUCACCUCUGCCCGCUUGAAGAAAGGAGAAGUUUUGUACUUAGAAACUCAUUCAUGCAGGUAUGAGCUCUGUUUCGCUGGAGAGAAAACCAUCAAAGCAAUCCAAGCGUCUCAACAACAAUCAUCACAUGAAGCUAUGGAGACAGAUAAUAAUAAUAAGUCACAGAACCAUCUGACAAACGGUGACAAAACAGAUUCAGACAACAGUUUAAUCGAUGUUUUCCGUUGGUCACGCUGUAAGAAACCUCUCCCGCAGAAGCUUAUGCGGUCUAUCGGGUUUCCACUCCCAGCAGAACAUAUCGAGGUGUUGGAGGAGAAUCUUGAUUGGGAAGAUGUACAGUGGUCACAAACUGGUGUUUGGAUUGCUGGAAAAGAGUACACACUUGCUCGUGUUCAUUUUCUCUCGCCCAACUAAAAAAAACCUUUCAUGCUUUG